UCAAAUAUCCAGCGUCAUCUUGGCGCGGAGGCUCUCCGUGACCGUGUACGGCCCCAGCGACGCCGGCGGGCCCGCCUCGCGCGCCGGCGGCGCUAGCCCGUUCGCCAGCCGCCACUGUAGGUACCGCUCGUUGCGAACUAGGUUCGCUAGCGUCAGUGGACCCGAGCCCCAGAAGCCGGCGGCAUUGGCAUGGGGGUGGCUGUCUGCCAGGGUGGCCCUGGGCGUUGCGGCGCUGGCGCUCUCGCAUGCCGUUGAGACGCCUGCUGCGGCUUCUGCUGCGGUGCUCCACCCCCCGGUCGCCGAACUCAUGGCUCCAGAGCACGUCUCGUAUCCGGACGCGGCUUGCAGGAGCUGCGGGCAGUUACGCUUGUUGCUAUGCUGCUGGGCGGCCGGCUGCUCGAAGCUGGCUGGGCGCGGGCUGUCGCACACGGCCGAGAUGGAGGCUUGGUCGGCUCCGUCGUUGUCGUCGUCGUAUUCGUCGUCGAUAUAGUUCACGGCGUCUCCGUCUUCCUCGCCCAAGGCUCCGUGCAAGUAGCCAUGGCUCUGGCUUUCUCCGUUCUCCGCUAGCUGCGACAAGGCGGCGUGGGCCGAUGAGCCGGGCGUGCUUUGCCUCUCGUCCUUGUCCGCCGUGUCAAUGUUCGCCGUCUCAAUGUCCGUCCGCUGAUCGUCCUUGGGCUCGAGCCGGCCGUCGUACAGCAUGUCCUUGCUUGGUGAGCCGGGGAGGGGGUGGGUUUGGUUUGUUUGAGGUCGGCGUUCGUGGGGGCGUGUUGCAGGUGCGCAGAGUCCACAAAAGUCUCUGGCCCGCUUGUUUGUUCUUGGCUGUCGCAACCUCGAGUCUGCGAGGGGGUUUGUUGUCGACUGCUGGACAGGAUCGCGGGGGCUUUAUGCUGCUGGUCGACGACCGAGGUCUUGCCUGCCGCGCCAGGCGGGCCAGCAUGAGAACCGACGAGAAACCCUCUCGUCCCUCGUAGUCUAGGAACCGGUGGUCCCGACGUGCGACAUGGCUGGGCAAGGGUUGGUGCGUGUGUGGGUUGGUGUUAACUGCCCAGACUCAGGGAUCGCCUCCUUGACGUGGCUAGCCAUGUGGAUAGCCGCAGCUCUGUCACACGCAAACAAGUUGUCAGCUACCGAUCAACUGCCGGAGGAAGCGGACUCGC